GAGGUGGGCGGGCCUUGUCCCCCCGCUGCAGCAGCGGUCUGAAGCGCCGCAGUGUGCUGUGGAGAAGCGCAGCGUUGGGCGGUUCCGUUUAAGAUAUAGUUUCAGUCAAGAUCUGAAGACGAAUUCAAAUAUAAUCAUCAAACAACUUCCUCCUAGUGUUCAGUAGCCAGGGUCUAGCUUAGCAAUGAACAGGAUAAGGAUCCAUGUGUUGCCGUCGAGCCGCGGGCGUGUGAGCCAGCCGCCCCGCCCCCAGGAGCCCAUGACCUGCGCCUUCACCCAGAGGCCCUGCUCCCAGCCCCGGCUGGACGGCCUGGAGUUCUGCAUCAAACACGUGCUGGAGGACAAGGGCGCCCCCUACAAGCAGUGCAGCUACGUCUCCACCAAGAACGGCAAGCGCUGCCCCGGCGCCGCCCCGAAGGUGGAGAAGAAAGAUGGAGUGUCGUUCUGCGCGGAGCACGCCCGGAGAAACGCCAUGGCCCUCCGAGCUCAGCUCAGGAAGAGCUCUUCAGGGCCGUCCCCGGAGGCCCUGCUGGCCCAGCUCAGUGGGUACAGCCGCUCAGACGGCCUGGAGGGCGGCCGCAGCCUGGAGGACGGCCGCAGCGAGGCCAGCCGCAUCCUGGACGAGGACAGUCUGAGCGAGGAGGAGCCGGUGCCCUUGGUGCUGGACCAGACGUGGAGAGGAGACCCUGACAGUGAAGCAGACAGCAUAGACAGUGAUCAUGAAGACCCUCUCAAACACGCAGGGGUAUACACGGCGGAGGAGGUGGCACUGAUCACACGGGAGAAGCUCAUCCGGCUGCAGUCGCUCUACAUCGACCAGUUCAAGCGCCUGCAGCACCUGCUUAAGGAGAAGAAAAGACGCUACCUGCACAACCGCAAGGUGGAGCACGAGUCCAUAGGGAGCAGCCUGCUCACCGGCCCCGAGGGCCUGUCCCUGAAGGAGCGGGACAACCUGAAGAAGCUGAAGGCGCUGCGCCGCUACCGCCGGCGCUACGGGACGGAGGCGCUGCUGCACCGGCAGCUGAGGGAGAGGAGGCAGGCCGCCACGGAGGGCGCCCCCCAGCCCUACAACACGAUCACAGUGUACGAGAAGUGCAUCUCCUUCGUGGAGGGGACCCGCUGUACCAAUCCCAGCCUGCCUCUGACCCGGCACUGCGUUUCACACAUCCAUCAGGACGGCAGCCAGGUGCUCUUCAAGCUGUGUCCGGGCGUGAAGGAGGUCCCGUGCAACCGCACGGUGCACAUGGGCCAGUCGGAGGAGCCGCGCUGCCCCCUCCACCUGACCCUCCCACCCCCCAUGUACCAGCCCGAGCAGGCGCCGCCCCCGCAGGUGCAGCUCACCCCUGCAACCAGAGACAUGUACCUGAGUGCUGCCGAGCUCCAGCCCACGGAGAGCCUGCCCCUGGAGUUCAGUGAUGUAGGUGACCCCCCUCUGUCCAUGGAGGUGUUAGUCUAGGUGACUCCCAUCAGCUCUGUCCAUGGAGGUGUUAGUCUAGGUGACUCCCAUCAGCUCUGUCCAUGGAGGUGUUAGUCUAGGUGACUCCCAUCAGCUCUGUCCAUGGAGGUGUUAGUCUAGGGGACUCCCAUCAGCUCUGUCCAUGGAGGUGUUAGUCUAGGUGACUCCCAUCAGCUCUGUCCAUGGAGGUGUUAGUCUAGGGGACUCCCAUCAGCUCUGUCCAUGGAGGUGUUAGUCUAGGGGACUCCCAUCAGCUCUGUCCAUGGAGGUGUUAGUCUAGGUGACUCCCAUCAGCUCUGUCCAUGGAGGUGUUAGUCUAGGUGACUCCCAUCAGCUCUGUCCAUGGAGGUGUUAGUCUAGGUGACUCCCAUCAGCUCUGUCCAUGGAGGUGUUAGUCUAGGUGACUCCCAUCAGCUCUGUCCAUGGAGGUGUUAGUCUAGGUGACUCCCAUCAGCUCUGUCCAUGGAGGUGUUAUGGCGCAUUCACACUAUCUCCGUUCGUCGACGGAUCUCAUUGACUUUGCAUGGGGUGCUCGCGAAAUGCAUUGUGGGUCUGUCCGUCCUUUCGGCUCUGUGGCCUGCGUCAAAAAAUUGAGAGUUGUUCAACUUUUCGGGCAGCGACGGAUCCGUCGGCCAAUCAGAUCGCGGUUAUGCAAAAUGUAAUCAGAAUCUAGUGUAAUGAGCCGCCGUUGCCACUAUUGUGUUAAGUUCACGUCAUUAUUAUAUACAAGGCACUCUUCAACGUAGUCCAAUCUUCAACUGUCUGUCACACUCGAUGUUGCUGUUGGAUUAACAGUUCACCUAUUUGUUACCUUGUAACCAAAGCACCUUUCACACAUGCAGUCUUACCUUUAAGUCUGACCCUGCUUACCCAUGUCCCGGAACAUUUCCUGUAUGGGUUAAUGUGUGGGAAAUCUGCCACCGAUAUGUGCAUGCUCAAGACUUAGGUAUUUAACCGGAUGAAAAGCAGUCCCAUUGGUGGAGAUGCGGGUAAAGGGUGGUCUGAUGACGCUUUAGAUUCACACAGAGCAAGGCAACCAAUCCCAGGACGCCCCUGAUGACCAGUAUGAAACGACCAAUGUUUAUGUUAACGCAACAAUGCUGUAAGGCUGAACCCAUCGUAAUAGCAAUACAGCUUAUUGGGUUUGCUAGCAAGUUUCUCUUUUCAAUCAUUUCUGGAGACUGGAAAGGUUCCCCAGUCUGGGAGCUCGUCCCAUUAUGCACACUUGAUGGCGGCUGGCGUCCACAGAGGUUGAAUGAACGCCCUGCUGGAUAGUGCUACGCCAUGUGUAACCGGGCCCCAGACAGCCGUGUUGCUGAGCGUAGCGGAGAGUGUAAACCCUAGCAGUGAAGCUAGCUUUGGCGUCCUCCUAGGGCUGCUUGAUUAUGGGAAAAAUCAUAAUCACGAUUAUUUUGGUCAAUAUUGAAAUCCCGAUUAUUCAAACGAUUAUUUUUGAGUUUGAAAAGAUGAUGUAUUUAUUCACCAUGUCGCCCAAAAAAAAAAACGUUGUUACAGAACUUUGAAAUUAUGCCUUAAAAAAAUACACAAAAUGGUCAAAAUCUAAAAUGAUUUACAGAUAUGUGUCCAGCUGUUCUGCCCUUUCUAUAAAUCCUUAAAAAAAAACUUGAUUAUGUUAAUCUUCGGAUGGCGAUCAAAAUUAGAUUAAUCGCCCAGCCCUACGUCCUCCCGUCUGGACAUCAGCCUGACCCGUCCC